CACGUCUGGGACAGGUGGAACCGGUUUGACAGGAAUGGGACAGGUGGUACAUGAAUCGGACAAGCCUGUUAACGGGGGGGACAGUGCUGGGACAGUUCUGCAGCAGGUGAGACAGGUCUGGGACAUGCUUGGAACGGAAGGGACAGGUGGGAGAGGUCACAAACGGAUGGGACAGGUGUUAAAGGCAAUUGGACAGGCGGGGCAGGAGCCGGCAGACAUUCCGAAGACCUCGACAGAGCGCACCGUCUGGACAUUUCGGCAGAAAGGAACUGUGGAGCUGACCCACAAUUGGGGAACAGAGUCAGAUGAAAAGUUUUCAGGCUACCAUAACGGCAACAGUGACCCACGUGGUUUCGGCAAAAUGAAGGGGCUCGCAUUCAUCAAGGACCCUGACGGUUACUGGAUUGAGAUUUUGUCCGCUGUGAACAUGGGAGCAAUCGUGGCCCCACCGAACCAUACUCUUGGCCACUGCACUGCUCUUGUUCGUGCCUCUGGUUCUUGGGAAUUAUGGAAUGGCGGUGCUAUGGUGCAAACUAUUACUGCCAUCCGUGAUCUCACACGUAAUUACCCUAUUGAACUGUACCAGGUCAUUGACCCUAUGGAUGCCACCUGUAUUCGGAUUGUGAACAUCCUCUGCAUCCAGAUGCAGUAUGUCCCAUCUGUGCCUACGGGCGCUAUAGCGAAUGUGCACUUAACUGUGAUGGUGAACGCCCCGCAAUCGUCAUGGCCUGCAACCGGCAUGCCCUCUGCUGUGCAUGCUUCAGAGGUAUGGUUGAUGCUAGCCGUCCUGGCCCCUGCUGUGACGAGGUUGCUUACCUGAAUGGUUUUCGUCCCAUAGAUCAGUGUGAGGGUAUUACUUAGCCGUACCUUGCACCCUAACAAAAAUGUGCAGGUGCG